CUCUCUCUCUCUUCCGUGUCUCCCCAUUCACUUCGCUGGGCGUUCGUGUCACACUGCCACACUGAAUGGCACAAAAAAAAAGCAGCACUUGUUCAUCACCUACACUGAGGGAUAAUCCGACGGCGGCGGAAUCCAGCACCCCCAACGGGAACGCCGGAAUGGAAACGGUGUCCGUCGUCAACGUCACCUGCAUGUGAAGCAUCAUGAUUACACGUCACUUCCCAGAAUCUCCACUUGACAGACAGUGAGGAUCAAGGUGCCGUUUAUCGGAUGCAUGUGACAGACCAGAGUCGGUACUGCGGCCGCAGGCGGAAUGCUGCCGAGACCCCGUCAGCAUGACCUUGCUGGACGUGUGGCUUUCACGCUCCAUCCCCAUGUGCCUGCUCCUCCAGAGCCUAGUCCUCAUGGCUCUGUGCUUCCCGUCAGCUAGCAUGUGUCCGAAGGGCUGCAUUUGCCUCCGUGACUCCCAUCUUCACGGCCUCAACGUCACCUGCAGUCACUCCCGCCUCAAAGAAAUCCCCCCGAGUCUCCCCAUUGACACGGUCCUGCUGAGGCUGGAUCACAACCACAUAGGAGCGGUCCCCGAUCAAAUCUUCCGUGGACUUCGGAUUUUGAGGGAGCUCAAUCUCUCGUACAAUGCCAUAGAACAUUUGGAGGAGGCGGCCUUCGCCGGCAUCGAGGCGACGCUGCAGCUGCUGGACCUUUCCCACAACCGCAUCACGAGCGUACACAAGGACGCCUUUUCCCGCUUGAAGGCCCGCGUCAUCGUGAAUGACAACCCCUGGCACUGUGACUGCACCCUCCAACAGGCAAUCAGUGGAAUGGCUCACAACCACGAGGCCGCUGCCCGGGUCCUGUGCAGGAGCUCCGAGCUUCUCGAUCAGGAGGGAAGGCCUUUCUUGGCAGUGGACACUGACCUUUGUAACCUGGCCAAAAGAACAACAGACUACGCUAUGUUGGUGACAAUGUUCGGCUGGUUUGCCAUGGUGAUUUCUUACGUGGUUUAUUACGUCCGGCAGAAUCAGGAAGAUGCCCGACGCCACCUGGAGUACCUCAAGUCUCUCCCGAGCAAACCCAAGAAACCCGACGAGGCUGACGACAUUAGCACUGUGGUCUGAUGGAGUAAUAGUGAUUACUAACACCAAAAUGUUUAUGUUAGGAAAUAGAGAAAGAAAAUUUUUUUUUAUUAUUUUCAAACUGCUGGUGCGUUCUCAUCCUCGCUUAAUUUUCACCACUGGUUUUUAGUCGUUUUUAACCCUCGUGUUGUCCAUCGGGUCUAGGUGACCCGAUGGCUGAUAAUACGCCUUGGUUUGUGUGUAUGUGUGUAUGUGUGUAUGUGUGCGUGAUCCUGUACUGCACGGCUUGUGCCAACUUUUCCUCAUACUGUUUCGGGGACAACGUGCAAACCCGUUGCGAGGACGUUGGGUGUGUAGAAAAUACGAUGGUCAAUGGGAGGGUUGAGAUAAUCUUCUGCUCACGUUAGUGUAAAG